AAUGCCCCUGCACUCAUGGUCAGGGAGGCCCGUGAGCAUUCUAAAAGGGGGACGGCGAGAACUGAGGCAGAUCAACAAGGUACAGAGUAGAUAUGGCGGGUGGCAUGGGAGUAAACAAAAACAAGUUCAUAGAGGAUUGGAAUCACGCUCGGGAGAACCUUGAGUUGACCUUUCGUUGGACUCGCCGCAACCUAGCGAUCGCUGGAUUAUUCGGCUUAGCCGUUCCAAUCCUCAUUUACAAGGGCAUCGUUAAUGAAUUUCACAUGCAAGAUGAGGACUGGGGAAGGCCACCGAGGAAGUUCCUGUGAGAAGAUUUCAUCGGAUGAUGAUUUUCCAUUUGCUUCUUUUGGAAUAAUGGUAAUGUUGACUUUGGCGGAAAUGUCGUCGUUUAAUGGCAUGAUAAGAAAGAUAUUGAAACUUGUUGGGUAUUGGUAGCUUCUUUUCUCCAUUCAAAUGUUGCUUUUGACAAGGAACGUGUGAAUGAGACUCUUUUAACUGAUGAUAAAACCAUGCUGCUUUAAAUCA